GAGAGGCAGAGCGCAGCCGCUCAGUCCGGGUCAGUCAGUGCAACAACAUCACCGUAUGAAUGACGGCGCACUUGACCGACGCAGGGAAAGACUUCGUCCGCUCGAGCUGGAUUUACCUCACCUCACCUCCCCUCCCCUCCCCUCACCUCUCUUCUCUUCUCUUGACGGAUCGAUCCGCAGCCUUGCAGCCGCCGGAGCCUCACAUGUCCCCGUGAUGUUACAGCCUCCAUCGUCGCUGUGAUAAAAACCAUGAGGAGAUGACCGCCUUGUAGAUCUGACAGCAGAGGAGCUGACGGUAAAUGAGAGGCAGUCACCAUGCCCCCGGGGAAGUAUGGGAUGCAGGAGGAAUGGGCGAAGGAGGGUGUCCGGGAGAUCAUGAUGGACUUCCUGCUGCCUACUGGGAUCUUCCUCAAAUUCCCUGUGCCUCCAAACGACACCAUCAAAAAUAUCAAAAAAAUGGUUUGGAAAAAUGCCAGAAGCGAGGCUCUUUUCAGUGCACUGGGUGAUCCCGACGCGUACGUCUUCACCUGCAUCAACCAGACAGCAGAGAGGGAGGAACUGGAGGAAGAAUCGAGGCGUAUAAGCGACGUGAGGCCUUUCAUGUGCGUUCUGAGGCUGGUGGCGAGGGAGGGCGACCGAGUGGAAAAACUCACCAACACCCAAAUCAGCCUGCUGAUUGGCAAAGGUCUGCAUGAGUUUGAGGCCCAGAAGAACCACGAGGUGAAUGAGUUUCGGACUAAGAUGCGCACGUUUUGCGAAGAGAAGGCUCAGGAGCGGCAGCUGUUGCCAUGGCAGCAGUGGAUGGAGUACAGCUUCCCAUGUGACCUGGAGCCGUGCUGCUCCCCGUGUGGGAGCGCAAAGUCAAAAAACACCAAGAAGAUUUUCAUUAACGUCAAGUUUGAGGCUUGUGAUGAAAGCUUCAUGCUGCAGCAGGAUCCUCAGGACCACCCAGGGGCUCUGAUGAGGAGCGCCCUGAAGAAGAAGGCCACCGUCUUUCGCUCACUGCGACAGGAGCCAGAGGACUACACCUUACAGGUCAAUGGGAGUUGGGAGUUCAUCUAUGGGAAUCAUCCCUUGCGCCAGUUCAAAUACAUUUUCUCAUGUUUGAGAAAUGGCCAAAACCCUCAUCUGACCAUGGUGCACCACUCCACCAUCAGCAAGUAUCAGGAGGAACAGGGCAGAAUGUGUAGCCAGGGGUACAAGAGUCGCUCCAUGUCCAGACCUCCUCCACUGCCCCUGAAGAAGCAGAACACCUCCUCUCUGUGGUCCAUCAAUGAGCCUUUCUACAUUCACCUGCUGCGGGGCAACCGUGUCAAUGCAGACGAAGGAAUGAAGCUCGUGGUGCAGGCUGGUCUGUUCCAUGGCAGCGAACUGCUCUGUAAGGUGGUGACAAGCUCCGAGGUGACAGUGGGCUCUGAGCCGCUGUGGGAUCAAAAGCUGGAGUUUGACAUAAACGUGGCCGACCUGCCUCGCAUGAGCCGCCUGUGCUUUGCUCUCUAUGCUGUCAUUGAGAAAACCAAGAAACCCCGUGGCACCAAAAAGAAGAACAAGAAAGCGGAUUGUCCCAUAGCCUGGGUGAACACCAUGGUGUUCGACUACAAGGACCAGCUAAAGACCGGGGAGUUCCUCUUGUCCACAUGGCCAUCUGUUCCUGAUGACAAAAGUGACCUGUUGAACCCGAUGGGAACAGUCGAGAAGAACCCCAAUGUGGACAGUGCUGCCGGGCUUCUGAUUCGUUUCCCCAACAUCCGACCACAUCCUCUUUAUUAUCCUCCGCUUGACAAGAUCAGCGACACAGAGAAGAAUGGCGAUGCAUCUAUCAGUUUCUUUAGUGGCACUAAAGAAGAGUACUUGAAACUAAAAGAAAUCAUGGACAACAAAAACUACACUGAGUUUUUCGAGGAUGAGAAGGAACUCCUGUGGAAGCUCCGCACCGACGUCCGCGACCAUUAUCCUGAAAGUCUGUCCAAGCUGCUCCUCAUCACCAAGUGGAAUAAGCGAGAGGACGUAGUUCAGAUGGUGAGUCUACUGAAGAACUGGCCGGACCUCCCUGCCAUCCAUGCCUUGGAGCUGUUAGACUACAGUUUUCCCGACCCGACUGUCCGUUCUUUCACUAUCAGAUGCCUCAGGAAGCUCAGUGAUGAUGAACUGCUGCAGUAUUUAAUCCAGCUGGUCCAGGUCCUAAAGUACGAGUCCUACCUAGACUGUGACCUCACCACUUUCCUGCUAGAGAGGGCUCUGUCCAACAGGAGGAUAGGACACUUUCUGUUUUGGCAUCUGAGGUCAGAGAUUCACGUGGCGUCUGUGAGUUUGCGUUUUGGCCUGAUUCUGGAAGCAUACUGCAGGGGAAACAUCCACCACAUCAAGCUCUUAUCCAAACAGAACGAGGCUUUGGGCAAAAUGAAGGCCCUGAGUGACUUUGUUAAGUCGGGCUCCCAGAGGAUGACAGCAGAGGACCUGAAGACGUGUAUCAAACAGGACUCGUAUGUGGAGGCCCUGUCAGACCUGAUGUCACCACUCAACCCCAGCAUCAUCCUCGCUGAGAUCUGUAUAGAUAAGUGCAGAUUCAUGGACUCCAAGAUGAAGCCGCUCUGGCUGAUGUAUAAGAACCACUGGACUCAAGGAGACAUGGUGGGCAUCAUCUUCAAGAAUGGAGAUGAUCUUCGACAAGACAUGCUGACCCUGCAGAUGAUCCAGCUCAUGGAGACCUUAUGGAAGAAAGAAGGCCUUGAUCUCAGGAUGAUCCCAUACGGCUGCCUGUCCACUGGGAACAAGAUGGGGCUCAUCGAGGUAGUGAAGAACUCUGACACCAUCGCCAACAUCCAGCGCAACAACAGUAACAGCGCUGCCACUGCUGCCUUCAACAAGGACGCUCUGCUCAACUGGCUCAAAUCUAAGAAUCCUGAGGAAAAACUUGAUCAAGCAAUAGAAGAGUUCACGCUGUCCUGUGCUGGCUACUGUGUAGCUACUUACGUCUUGGGCAUUGGAGAUCGUCACAAUGACAAUAUCAUGAUCAGGGAAACUGGACAGCUGUUCCACAUCGACUUUGGGCAUUUCCUGGGCAACUUCAAGCGGAAACUAGGGAUCAACAGGGAGCGUGUGCCUUUCAUCUUGACUUAUGACUUUGUCCAUGUGAUCCAGCAAGGAAGGACAAACAACAGUGAGAAGUUUGAGAGGUUCAGGGAGUACUGUGAGCGGGCCUAUAAGAUCCUGUGUCGGAACGGGACGCUGUUCGUCAACCUCUUUGCCAUGAUGAAGGCAGCAGGACUGCCAGAGCUCACCUCCUUCAAAGACAUCCAGUACCUAAAGGAUUCUCUGGCUUUGGGCAAAUCAGAGGAGGAGGCGCUGAAGAAUUUCAAAGUCAAGUUUAACGAAGCCCUGCGAGAGAGCUGGAAGACCAAGGUCAACUGGAUGAUGCACUCCUUGGCCAAAGAUAACAGACCCUGAAGAACGCUGAACACCUGAGGACCAGCCAGAAAAUGAUGGAUUUUAACUUAUGGAGAUAAAAGGGAAGAAAAUACAAUAAAAUGUUUUUACUUUAUUUGACGACAUUCAAAGACACUCAGCAAAUGUUUACAUACGACUGGCUUGUGUGUGGUAAAGUACGACUAAGUGGAGGCAUCCAAAGACAAUGAGCAUCAUUUCAGCACACAGAUAUUUUCACAAUGAGAGAAAUCCAUCACAGUCAUCUUUACCCCGUCAAACAACGGGAUGCCUUUGCCUUGGAGACAUAUCAAGACAGACGAUACACAUGUGUUUUUGAUUUGUUGAAAUCGCUACUUGAAAACCUGCUCGUGCGAAGGUGUGAAUCACUGAAACAGAAGCAGAGACUUAAAGAUCAUCUCACCGACUGCAUUACUCAGCAGGGAGCAAACGGCAGACAGUGAUGAUGAUUUAUGAUGACUUUAGAUGAUAUCUUCCAGUCACAGUAAAAUAACAGGGUGGCAGUUUCACCUCAAGUCUUUCAAUACAGUUUAAUGGCUGUAUCAUUUCCUCUCAUUUCAACUGCCUCUUUGCAAUUGUGUCUUAUUUUUUUUAUGUUAUUGUAUUUUAUUUAAUGUGGUAACUUUGAAGUACUUGUACAAAGCCAUGAAGGAUAUUUUAAAAAAUAUGUUAAAUAUGUGUUUUACUGCUGUAUCACUUAAUGAUGUGUAAUAUUGCCUUGAAGUACAGUAUGUUGCCUUUGGAGUGCCACUAGACAGGAAAUGUUAUAACAUUUACAGUUUAUUGUAAAAUGAGAAAAUAACUUUGAAUGGGAUCUUUAUUUUGAAACGUCCCAGUGUACCAGACUGUGAUACCCAGCAGACCCUCACUAAACAGCAACUACACAUUUAAGGAAUAGUUUGACAUGUUGGUUAAUAUUCUGGUUUGCUUUCUUGCCGAGAGUUAGAUGAGAGGUUCAAUACUACUCUCAUGUCUGUCUGUUAUAUGUGAAACUGGAGCCAGAUAGAAACAGAUGGAAACAACUAGAUUCUGUCCGAAGGCAGCAGAAUCUGCCCAGCAGCGCUUCUAAAAAUGACACAUUGUUCAUUUGUAAGCUUUAGUGGUGCUGCCAGGCAGAUUUGGUUUUACCUUUGUGCAGAGCCAGGCUAGCUGUUACCCCUUGUUUUCAGUAUUAAUGCUAAGCUAAGCUUACUGUCUCCUGGGCCCAGCUUCAUAUUUAAAGGGAUAGUUCAGGUUAUCUGAUGUGGGGUUGUGUGAGGUAGUCAUGCGUAGUCAGUGUAUUACCUGCAGUACAUUUGGAUCAGAGCACUGCCAGUUACGAGAGGAGCCUGAAAGCACCGGCUCAAUAGCAGAGGGAUGUGUUACUGUGCAUGGGGCCGGCAGAAAAAAUGUGUUUUAGACACUUGUAAAAAAUACCCGCCGAAACAAUCCGAUAUCCGUUCAAAUAUUCUACAUGAAGUGUACAUUUAAAUGGAUAUUGGAUUGUUUCGGUGGGCGUCUUUUAAAAGUGUCCAAAACACGAUUUUCUGGCCCGGCAGCACAUCGCUCUGCUAGUGUACCGUGUUCCCUGCUGCCUCUCAUAACUCGCAGCGUGCUGAUCUUAAUCUACUGCAGGUAACACACUGACUCUGCUUGACUACCUCACACAACCCUUCAUCAAAUAAACCAAACCAUCCCUUUAAAAGAGAGAUAUGAGAUGAGUAUAGAUUUUCUCAUCAAACUGUUGUCUAGAGAGUUAUUCACAAAAUAUCUAAAUAUAAUGACAUGACUGCCAGUAGCAAAAGGACAAAGAAAUGAUCUCAGGCGCGAGGCAAAAAGAUGUUAUUGAUGUUUGGUGAAAAUACCAAAAUAUUGAAUACAAGCUUCAGUACGAUGCAAAUAAGACAAUCUAUGGACUGGUGUAAGCCAUAGACACAGUUGAGUUUCUGAAAAUGUGCUACUGUUCACACGCCCUUUUGAAAGUGUUAAUCUCAAAUAUGUGUCCUAUCUCAGAUGAUGCAGUACGUGUGUCUGUGAGUGUGUGUGUGCGUGUGUUUACGAGUAUGUGUUGUUUUCUGAUAUUUAAGUUAUGCUUUGUGAUUUCCAUUGCAUUUUUUCGAACUGAUGUGCCAGGUUCCAUGAAAGAGAUUUCAUGCUUACAAUGUCAAACACCUCUAUACUUUGGCAUAUCGAAUGCUGUGCAGAAUGGUGUGUUGGCUGUGUGAGGGUUUAAUUUUAUGGUAUGUUCAUAUUACUUUACAUGCUGUAUAUCCUGCUGUCAGUCCUGCAAGGAACAGUCAGAGAAAGAAAAUGAUGUGCUUUUCAUAGCCUUAUUGUUUUGCGUAAAUGAUCUCUACCGUUUGUAUGAGUCUCUGUACAAUGAUGACUUUUACAGAAGAGCAAGUGUAGCUGUAGAUUAUACAGCAUAAAUACCUUAAACUACUGAAAUAUACACUGUGGAAUAGACAUUAAAUAUGAGUCAUCAGUGUCCCUCAGAAUGGGCUUAGCUAAUCACUGCUGCUUUAAGCCAGGAGGAGUGAGUCUACUCAGUUUAUGGGCUAUUUUUGCAGAAUUUAAAAUAUACUGCUGUUGCCUUUUGAACUGAUUGUAAUUUAUGAAUUGUGUCAAAUGGUACAAAUCCUUUAAGGCUCAGGCCUUAUUUACAUGUGUGCAGCUAAAGCAGACGAAUUGUCCUGUUAGCAUAGGUCUCAUGUAGACCUGUCCUUUAUCUGUCUGCAUCCUGUUUUCACCUUUACUUCACUUGCUGAUGGGAGGGAAACAUACACUCAAUAAACAGUUUGCAACA